AUGCCACUCUUUUUAUUGAACAGACAUACUACCAACAGCACGAACAAACGAAGCAGCGCGUUGUUCCUCGCGUCUUUGGCGUUGUUUUCCGGGUGCUCGUCUUCUCUCGUGUACUCUUCGGCGGAGGAACAAACGCAAUCGGUUUCGAAACACAUCUUAACCGACAUCCCGGACGCCUCCGCGAGCGUGGACACCACGGUUGUCUUUCCAGGAUUUGGCACCGAUUUGCAAUUCCCAGCAGCCGAGGAUAUCACCGCGCUGCUCGGAAUACGAAAUGUCGGCGAUUCCACGAUCGAGUUACAAGCAAUCGCCGGGUCGGUGAACGCACCUCAGGCGUUUCAUUAUUUCGUGGCAAACUUUUCCAAGUAUGAAUUCAGUAUGAAUGAUGACGAAGAGGAGGAACAGUUCGCGUCGUUUAACCCGAAGAUUGGGAGCGAAAAGUUGGCGACGAAACGCCGAGCGGGAAAUGCCGCAGGCGGGAAAACAGACGCGGCGAAGAAUUUGUACACGAGUAAAGAGCAGUCGGUGGUGAACGCGGGGAGAGAGUUGACGGUGCCGUAUUCGUUUCAGUUACCGACGCCUUUAGCUGGGAUGGAUUUUACGCUGGCGUUGACGGCGUUUUACCAAGAAGACGGGGAACAGUACGCGACGACGUUUUUUAAUCACACGGUGAGAGUGUUGGAUCCAAACGUGGCGGUUGAUUUUCAACUGACAUUCGUGUACGUCGCGUUGGGGAGCUUUGCGCUCGGUAUUUUGUAUUUUGUGUUGAGAGUGUUUGGGUGGGACGCGUAUUUACCUUUCAUCGGGGAGAACGCCAUCGAGGCGAGCAAGAAGCAAAAGAAGAAGACGCACGAAAUUAACAUGGCGGCGGCGAGAGCGGAAGCGGCGAGGAAGAUGAGCGAAGGAGGUAGUGCGGCGGGUAACGGGAAUAAGAAGAGUGGGGGUAAAGAGGACGAUUGGCUUUCCGGGACCGCGUUUACGAACCCGAGUUCCUUCUCCACCGGGGCGACGAAAGCGAAGAACCGCAAAGGAGGCAACAAAGGAAAGAAGUAA